CUGUCAUCACUUAAGGGUUCCACACCAAUUUGGCCCCUCCUUUUUUUUUGUUUAGCUCUUCUCUAAAUUCAUUUCCAUUUACUGACUCUCCUUUCCUUUGUAUCAAUUCGAUUUCAAGAAGUUGAGAGCAUGAAGAUCUUCAAUUGGGUGCAAAGAAGGUUUCAUAAUGGUGUCCUUAAAGAUGGGUUAGCCCGAAAUGUGAAAAAAGCUGAAUCCAUUACAAAUGAAGCUGACAAGCAAGCAUUGCUUAAACAAGUAGCCCUCGUCGAUGUUCUUGAUGGCUGGAGAGAUGGCAUUUUAACAAUUGGCACGUUAGGCCUUGACCCUUUAAAACCUUUCAAUCAGCAAAAUGAAUAUUUUGUUUUGGAAAGUGAAGGAGAGGAAGAUUCUGAAGAAGAAGAUGAUGAUGAUUAUAAUGACAACGAAGAGGAACAUGUACAAUACUCGAUCAGUAGCGAUGAUGACGAUGAUGAUAUUAAUGCUAGUGAUGAAGAAGAAGAGAACCCCUUAAUAUUCACAAGAUUUGAGCACAACUCUGAGGACAUUGGACCAGCUCUUGAUGCGAAUGCUAUCAAAUCUAAUAUGAUAAUGACGAUUGAUUCAAUUGAAGACAGCUCAUGUGAUCUUCAAAGAAAAAGAAAAGGUGAAAGAAUUACACUAGCAGAACUUUUCUUGGCGGACUCUGACAUGAAAAAGAAACCGGAUCCUGUAGAAAACGAACUCAAGUCAGGUCGAAAGCCACCUGUUCGUGGAAAGAACAGUUUAUCUUUUGCCAAGAAGCUCAUAUCUCAUGUCGGAGAGGAUUCACGUCCAAUCAAGAAAUUUAACCAAUUGAUGAGGAGGAUGUUAAAGAGAAAAAUCCAUCCUGAACUUGAAGGCAAAGGCGUUAAAACAGACUAUCAAAACAAGAGUAGCAUCAUGGAAUUUGGUAGUAGCAAAGGAAAUGAAGCAGUUUCUCUGCUUCUAAAUCCACCAGGUCUUACAGUCUGAACGUGUGAGUAAUGACCUGAUUAAUUUACUAGAAAACGUUUUCGGGUAUUGUUCUUAAUGAUUUUUUUUUUUGUUUUGUUAUUAAUUGUUAAUUAUGUGGACAAUGAUAAUGGGGUGGCCAUGUAUUUGUGAAUUGAACCAUGUGAUUCUGUUGUGUAAACUUAUUCUCUAGUGGGUGUGUUUGGAGUGUUGGAUGUUUGGUUGUCACAAAAGUCUUAACAGGUUUUGGUUGUUUAA